AUGCACAUGGAAGUGCAGUUUGAAAUCGCCAAGACUCGUUGCGUUCAGCCGCAGCUGACCAAGGACCACUUUGGGGUGUAUUUUCGGUUUGAAGAUACCCACAUACAACAAAAUCCCCCUUUAGCAUGUUCGCAAUGGUUAAACUACCAGAAAAUGACGAGUACUUCUCCGGCAACUACUAUCAGGGCAAUCACGCACUUCAGGGAUCGACAUACCUUUAGCAAGCUCAAGUUACUUGACACUGCAAGAUCAUGCUGUUCUCAUAGAUAG